CCAGCGCAUCCAACACACACACAUGGUCCAACAGACUCCGCCCACUGGGAGGAGACCAGCACAGCCUCCAUCAAUGGGCUGCAGGAGCACACACCGAUUGGCCAAUCAGACACAGCUGUGGGCGUCUCCCAGGGCAACAGGGAGCUCUGAAACGUGUGGAGGAGAGAGAGAGAGAGGAAAAAGAGAGGGACGACAGAGAGAGUGAGAGAGAAAGAGAGAGAGAGAGGAGAGAGAGAGGAGAGAGAGAGGAGAGAGAGGAGGAGGCAGAUGGACGGAGAACAGAUCAGCACAAGGCAGCUGUGAUGGUCUUCACCUGUCACCUGGCUCCACCCACCCACAGCCUCCACCUGACCUGUCACUUGGCUCCGCCUACCGACAUGAGGUCCAUCAGCUCAGGGAUGCAGCUGUUGGCCCCGCCCUCUACAGGCUCCGCCUCCAGCAGCAGCAGCGUCGAUGACGACCCGCCAGAGUUUGGCUCGCAGAGCGACGUGGACAGUCUGCUGACCUUUGACCCCUGUGAAGGCCCCGCCCCAGGUCGCCUGCAGGAGGCGGAGCUUGUGAGGGGCAGCUUCCUGCCGCUGUCUGAGAGGGUGGAGCUAAACCGCAGCAUCCUGCAACAGCUCUUGAGGUCACAUGGCACCUCCAACCAAUCAGAGCGCAGAGACACAGGUUUUUCUUUGAAUGAAUGUGAUUCAGAAAUUCAACAAAAUGAAAAACACAGUGUCUUUGUGUCCUCUCCGUUGCCGCGGCAGCAGCAGUGUGAGGACGGAGCUCGUAUGAAGCGUCGCUCCGAACCUCUGAGAGGAGACCACAACCUGCUGACCCCCGACGGACACGGCCUGUCGGGGGUCAGGCUCUGUCCGGUCGUCCAGGUGAGGUCAGAGGGCGGGGCUCUGCUGGGACACUUCAGUGACUCGUCCGGCAGCGAAUCCGGCGUCCGGACGGCAAGGCGUCGCCCCGCAUCGUCGUCUCCGAACCGACGCCUACGAUUCGAAGAUGAAACGGAGACGGAGGCGGAGUCUCGUUACUUGGAGCGACAGAGGAAGAGGGCGGGGCCACGAAUGCAGGACAUCCUGGUGUCCAAACCUGACGCUUCGCUGUACGUCAACGGCAGGAAGGGGGCGGGGCUGCACAGGGCGGGGCUUAUCGUUGACAGACAGCAGAGAGGUGUUUCUCAGACUCUGCCGGCAGGGGGAGGAGUCAACCUCACCCUCCGCCUCCAUCCAACCCCGCCUAUUCAUAGCCAGGGGCGGAACCUGUACCUGGUCACGCCCAGCAGGCCCCGCCUCAACCUGCGGACUGAACCAAUCAGAGAGACCUACAUUGGCACGGUUACACCCACUGAUGAGAGCGGAGGAGGCGGAGCCGGACCGCAGGCCUCACCCACGUGGGCCAGGAGGAGGACCAAUCAGGUGGAACUGAACGGCAUUCACGCCACACCCCCUUCAGACCUGCCAAUCAACCCCUACGCUCCUGACCAGGUGGCCCCGCCCACUUCUCAGGUUUUAGCUCCACCUCCUCCCCCUCCUCCCCUUGUUACAGCCACAGGGAGGCCCAAUGGCACGAGGGCAGAACAGAACCAGAAGAACCAGGACCAGGAUCUGGACCGAGAGGGGCAGGGGAGACCAGCAGAGGCCACGCCCCACAGGGAGGCUACACCCCAGAGGGAGGCGGAGCUGAGGAGGCGGUCCACUGAGGACGGCGGUCUGAAGUCCACGGUGAAGACCUCCUGGUCCUGUACAGUGGAGACACAGAGCCCGCCCACAUCUGACAGCGGCAUUGACGGACAGGUCAAAGAGCCAAUGAGGAAAGAGCCUCAGAGUGACGACACCAGUCCUUCAGAACAGACCGAAGGCUCUCGUCUGUCUCUGCGUCGUCUCUUCUCGUCGGUCCGACUCGGCCGGAGUCGAACCGGCAGCCUCGACCGAUGCGGCUCACGGCCACGCCCACCUGCGUCUGACCCCGCCUCCCUGGCUCCCAUGAAGAAGACGCCUUCUCUUCAGUCUCUGAGCGUGGGGUCGCCGUUCCUAAAACUGCGAAAGUCGCCGUCGCUUCAGAGUUUCACGUCGGAGCAGAAGAAGAAGGAUCGGUCUGAGAACUACAGACCAGCGGCCGACAGUAACCUGCAGCGCUGCCUCAGUGUGGAGGACGUCAGCGGUCCCAGCGCUCUGCGUUCGGUCGGUCGGGUUCUUCAGGUCGGUUCUGACGGAACCGUUCUGUUAGAACUGAGUCGACCCACGAGCAGAACCUUUGGAUUCAUCAUCAGCAGAGGACGAGGACGGCCCGACUCUGGUGUGUACGUGGAGGACAUGGUGGACGUCAGCACACAGAAGCUCUACGCUGGACUCCUGGGGGUCGGAGACGAGAUCCUGGAGGUGAACCAGGAGAAAGUGGUCUGUCUGAGUCUGGACCAAGUCACCCACAUGUUGACCCAGGGGGACUCCGUCACGGUCCGAGUCCUGCGGCACCGGAGGCUGCCGCCAUGGUGACGCCAUCGCCACGGAGAUGACACAAACUGUGGUGACCCUGACCCGGGUCUCCUCAGACCUGGAGCUGACCCGGGUCUCCUCAGACCUGGAUCAGCUGUGAAGUUGAAUAUUUAUGUGAAAUUCUGAAGGUUUGGUGGUCAGUGUUUAUCCUCUGCAGUAUUUAUGACGUUAUUUACAUGUUUUUAUGUUUAUAUUUUCAGCCAAAUUGAAAUUAAAAUAAAACCUAUUUCUGACAAAUUUA